GUCCAAAAUGGACGCUAUCAGCGAUCUACUUGAAGAUAUAGUGAAGGAGUGUGGCGGAUUUGGGAAGUUUCAAUGGAUUUUGAUUCUCAUCCUGUUCGGAACCAAGAUCACGGUCACGUGGAGCAUGCUCAUGAUGACGUUUGGUGGAGCCACGCCCGACUGGUGGUGUAAUGUUUCCAAGAUGAAGUCAUCAUAUAACUUGACAUCAUGGACGAACUCUUCAGCCUCAGAGCUGUUCAAGAAAUGUCAUCCCCCGGCUAAUAUGACGGGUUCAUGUGAUUCUAUGAGUUUUUCAUCUGAAAUGAAUACUGUUGUCAGCGAGUUUGAACUGGUGUGUGACAACGAUUGGAUUACGUCAUUUACCACAACAAUACAAAUGGCGGGUCUACUGAUCAGUUCUCCAAUUGCGGGGCAAAUGGCGGAUUCUAUCGGACGAAAACCCACCUUCUUCCUCUCCCUUCUCGCACUUACCGUCUUUAACCUUGGUGCGGGGUUUUCCGUGUGCUGGGAAAUGUUUACUGUUUUCAGAUUUUUGAUCGGGUUCGGCUGCGGGAUGUAUCUGACGACAUUUUACAGUUUUAUAACCGAAUUUGUACCCAUGAGGUGGCGCUCUAUGAUUUCCGCUAUUCCUGCAUGGGCGACCUUUGCCGCCUUUUAUGGACUGUUUUCUUGGUGGUUGCACGACUGGGCGUAUCUUCACUUCGCAACAGCGAUUGUCACGGCACCAUUUCUCUUGGGGAUUUUCAUAAUCCCAGAAAGUUUCCGAUGGUCUUUGGCAAAUAACAAAUUUAUGGAAGCAGAAAAUGCCAUUAAACGUAUAGCUAGCAUUAACAGCCGGGAAACUCCGAAAGCAUGUAUAAAAAGACUUUACGAUAUCACUGAAGAAGAGAAAGGCCAAAACAAACAUAAAAACCACACUGUGAUUGAUAUUCUCAAAAACAGGAGACUGCUAAAGAAUUCUUUUCUUUUAUGGACAAGCUGGGUAGCCUGUGGGUAUGCCUACUAUGCCAUUUCUUUCGGAGUGGAGCAGCUUUCCGGAAGUCUGUAUCUCAACAUGUUUCUCCUCAGUGUCGUAGAAAUUCCCGCCACUUUAAUCACGUGGUUUUUGAACAAUUGCAUUGGAAGGCGUUGGACUUGUUUCCUGUUUUUCAUGAUUGCAGCAGUGGGCGGGGCAUCUGUCGGAACAGUGCAAAUUAUAGAUCCGCCACAGGCUGGAGAGAUUAUUAAUAUCGCCGCCCUCAUUUCUAAAAUGGGCGUGUCCGCCGGAUGGGCGGCGCUUAUAAUCUUCACCACGGAAAGUUACCCGACAGUAGUUAGAAAUAUUGGUUAUGGGAUGGCGAAUUCAUCCGCCAGGAUUGGCGCAAUGAUUGCUCCCCAAAUAGUCCACAUUAGUAAACAUAUUCCUGGAGUGAUGUACUAUAUUUGUGGCGGAUGCAUGUUGAUAUCUGCGGUGUUCUGUGUCCUACUUCCGGAGACGAAAGGAAAGGCGCUAGAGAAUGUUAUUCCCCAGAAGACCAAAAAGACAGAACAUAAAAAACAAAACGAAGACAUAACAAUCUUAGCAUAUGAAUUAAAACAAAAAGAGAAAUAUUAAAAGAAGUGUUAUUUCAUAUAAUCAAGUAUUCUUAAAUACAUGUAUAUCCUUUCUCAGGUCAAAUUAAAUGUUUAUCCUUUAUAGACCUAUCGAUAUUUUAAUUACU